GUCUCAGUAGAAGCAGCAACAGUUUGCUAUUCUUGGACCAGAGUGUUUUUCAGUCACACAGACCGGAGUGAGGAAGUAAAGAAGCUUUCAUUUCUAGCGUCAUAAAUAUUUGAACGGGAUAUAUCACGUUUACAGGGCUUUCUGUCUUCUCGCUGCUGGGAUCUGGGCCAAUCUCAGGCUGUGAUCAAACUCUUCAGGCUCCAGUAAAACAUGUCAUCUUCAUAUGCUGCUGCGAUAUCAGCCCUUAUUACAGCCAACUCCGUCAUCAGAUACAGCCCACGACCCCCCCCAAAGAAAUCAGGAAGGCCUAAACAGCUCCAGCCAUCUAGCAAACCUGCCCCCUGCUCCUCAUCUGCACAGACACAUCCUCAGUCACCUGAGCCUCUGGGAUCUUCCGAGGAGCCACAGGAGAAUCCUGCAGAUUAUGGCAUAGGUGGUUACUACCAUGUAGAGAUUGGAGAGAUUUUUGUUGACCGUUACCAAGUGGUUAAUAAGUUGGGAUGGGGCCACUUCUCGACUGUAUGGCUCUGCUGGGACAUGGUGGAGAGGCGUUUUGUGGCUCUGAAGGUGGUGAAGAGUGCUGAAACAUUCACAGAGACGGCACUGGAUGAGAUCAAACUUCUGAAAUGUGUGAGGGACAGUGACCCCAAAGACCCAAAGCGUGAGAGAGUCGUGCACCUCAUCGAUGACUUCAGGGUCACUGGAGUAAACAGAGAGCACGUGUGCAUGGUUCUGGAGGUGCUUGGCCACCAGCUGCUAAAGUGGAUCAUUAAAUCCAACUACACAGGCCUCCCCCUGCCCUGUGUUAAGAGCAUCCUCAGACAGGUUCUGCAGGGUUUAGAUUACUUGCAUACAAAAUGCAAGAUUAUUCACGCAGACAUCAAGCCAGAAAACAUCCUGCUGAGAGUGGACGAGGCCUACAUCCAGAAGCUGGCGUCAAACACCAAGCUGUGGGAGCUGCCAACAUCCCCAGCUUUUAGCAGCUCGUCAGGGAAUGGAAACUCCAGAGAAAAACAGAGUUUGUCCAACUUGUUUGGAAAGCUGACUGGGGUUUUCCACAGUCUUGGGGAAUGGUCCAGUAAGGUGUCCAGCAGCCCAAUGAAGCGACUGACCCGGAAAGACAGAAGUCGACGAGGACAGAAGGGUGCUUCUGACAACCAUCGAAAAGACAAACUUCAUGUGUCUUUCUCUGAUGACUGUGCUCUCUCUAGCACCCCAAGCUCCAAGCGUCACUCAAAGCUCACAGCUCUCACUAACUUCACAUUUAGGAGGCACACCAUGCUGUUUGAAGAUGGACAGGACUGUGCCUCACACGGCCAAAGAGACUCCAUCUGCUCAUGGCCAGACCUCAACACAGAUGCUCCGGCCACUGGCUCCAGAUCAGUGUUAUUAACAACUACAGACAAAGAGCCACCUGCACCUUUACCUCCCUCUGUCUGUGGUGUCCGUGACUCCGAUGCACUGUUGGACCUGCUAAAUCCCCAGAAUGCUGAUCAAAUUCUCAUCAAGAUUGCUGACCUGGGCAAUGCCUGCUGGGUGCACCAACACUUCACUGAGGACAUCCAGACGUGCCAGUAUCGCUCUGUGGAGGUUCUGAUUGGCGCUGAUUACAGCACACCAGCUGACAUCUGGAGCACGGCCUGUAUGGCUUUUGAGCUUGCCACAGGGGACUAUCUGUUUGACCCUCUAUCAGGAGCAACAUUCACACGCGAGGAAGAUCACAUUGCCCACAUAAUCGAGCUGUUGGGACCCCUCCCAUCUGAGUUUGCCCUCUCAGGAAGGAAUUCCAAAAGAUACUUCAACCGUAAAGGACAACUGCGACACAUCUCAAAGCUGAAGCAGUGGAGCUUGUUUGAGAUUCUUCUGGAGAAGUACGAGUGGCAGCGUGAGGAAGCUCUACAGUUCAGCUCGUUCCUCCUGACCAUGCUGGAGUUGCUACCAGAGCAGAGAGCCACAGCUGCCCAGUGUCUCAAACACCCCUGGAUCAACUCCUAGACACACUGGUUCUGUCUGGUUCAGGGCCCACUUUACUAGCUUGGACACAUUACCAGUGACAUGUGACAGCUGUGGGACAUAACAAUAAUUCUGAUGCUGGCAUCAUGAGCCUGUCAUUUACCCGACUAAAACUUAGCUACUGCUUGUUUCUUGUAGUUCUUCCAUGUCUCUUUGAUUUUUGCACAGCAUUUUCAGAAUAAUAAAAAAAGUUUGUGUUGUUGGAAGACUGACCUGUGACGUGAUCACAAAGCUCUUGUAUUCGAAUAAACUGAUGAGAUUG